AUGGGUUCAUUGCAAUUAGUUUCUACUGCAUACAUGAAAGCGGCGCGUCUCCCUUCAUCUGUUCCCUUCAAGCCGCCUUCUCAAAUGGUCCUUCCCUCCCUCUCCCCUGUGAUUCCAACCAUGCUCUCCCCUAUCGCCCCACCGCAUUCUUUGCGCUCAAAAGCUGCUCGCACCAUAGUGUUCCUCUGCUGCCCGUUCAUGCACCACCCGCUUUGCAUGCUUCUCAUCCCAUCCUUUUCCCGCUCUGCUCCUCACUCCACCCCUGUGUGCCCCCCCGCCGUGCCUCCUCACUCCCCUCCUCACUCCCCUCCUCUCUCCCCUCCUCACUCCCCUCAUCCUCACUCCGCUCCUCACUCCCCUCCUCACUCCCCUCCCUCCUCACUCCCCUCCUCACCGUGUCGCAUCAGCUCCAUCCAGCGCAACGGGCUGCACGGCAGCAUGCCCUCCUUCCUCGCCGCCUUGCCACGCCUGCAGCACGUGUGA